GUCGGGGUGGAGCUUUGCUCUGGCGUAUUUUUAAAAAACAACAAACAGACGCGCACACAAGGAAAGACAACGAACGAACAAGCCAGGCAGGAAAUAUGCCCCCGCGCACUCGGUCUUUGUCUCUCCGUUUCAGCAUCGCGUCCUCCUCGCAGGCGGGGAAGGGACACUGAGAGGCUUCCACUCCCGAAUGUGACCGUCCUGAGCCACGCGACUGCGCGCGGCACUUCUCGGCCGCUUCCAUUUCAAACCGGUCUGCCUGCCUUGGCUGCGGCGGCAGACGCGAGAACACAGCGGAGGGGAGGGGGCUAAGCGGAGUGGCUGCCCGGCUCGGCGCAGUGACUGUCGGCAUUCUCCACGGGAGGGAACAACCAUGGGGACGUCAGUUGACGUGUUGCUGGUCACCGCCAACGUGGGCUCGCUGUUUGACAACCUUGAUGAGAUUGAAUCAAACUGGCUCAGAGAGUUUUACAAGACAGUUCACAGAUACAAGCCAUACUUUAUAGCCCUGCAUUGUCAAGAGGUCGGAGGAAAGGAUUAUGAGUUGAAUAUAAGUCAUGUAGAAGACUUUUUCAACAAUAUUUUGUCAAGCAGGGAAAUGAAAGACUUUGAUCGAGCUUGUGUUUAUGUGGACAAUGAUUUUAGGAUGAAGAGCUGUUUUACGGCUCUGGGAAACAUGUAUUUAAUUCACAGAUCAAUCAAACAGAUCUAUCAAUAUGACUUCAGAGAAAAAGAGUAUAAAGCUGUUUGUGGACAGAACAUCCAUCUUGGCUCCCUAGAUGAUGUUCCUUCUCUCGAGAAAGAAAAAUUUCCCAAGAACUUCUGGCCUGAUUUUAAUUGGUCCAGGAAAGGAUUCAUGAGGACCAGAUGGAUAAUUCACAACAGUGGAUUUGAUCUGGUGAAUGUCCACCUUUUCCAUGAUGCCUCUAACCUCAUUGCAUGUAAAAGCAGCCCUUCCGUGUACUCUGGAAACAGAGAGAAGGCCUUGAGAUAUAUCAUUAACAGGAUAUCAGAUAACACAUACAGUUUGCUUCCUUUCUUUCUUUUCGGAGAUUUCAACUUCCGCCUUGAUACACAGAGCCUUGUUGAGAAUGUGUGCAGUUCGGGAGACAUCCAAACCAUCCAGACUGGAUCUAACAAUGAAGUUGAAAAAAUCAUUUGUGAAGAGAAAGAGAAUGAUCACAAGGUGCUCCUUCACAUUGAAUCAAAGUUGUUUGAGUAUCUCCACAAGGCAGCCUUCCAUGAGAACAAUGGCCAAGCGCUUCUGAAGUAUGAUAAGGAAAUUAACCAUUUCAAAGACAUCUUGACUGAGGAAGAAAUUUUAUUUCCACCCAGUUACCCAUACAGUGAAGACCAUGGCAAACCUACGCAAUACAUGAAUACACGCUGUCCAUCUUGGUGUGAUCGAGUCCUCAUGUCCCACUCUGCCAAGGUCUUAAUAUACAGAGAACCAGAGGAAGAAUGUGAGAACAAUGGAUUGGCGUAUGAUACAAUAGGGUCAAAUGUCUGUAUGGGUGACCACAAGCCUGUGUUUCUCUUCUUCCGGAUAAAGACAAACGGUUAAUAAGAAGAUAUGUGGCUCUUUCUCAGAGAGAGUAUUGUCCUGAUACAGAAAGCAGAGUAUGGGCUGGAAGUGGAAAUAAAAAGAACAUUAAGAAGAGGUUUCAGAACAUCCCUGUGUAUUGCCAAAAAAGGGAUGUCAAGGACUAAAAAUGACUCCUCUGUCUUCACUUCCAUAUUUGGGGAAGGCUGUGUUACUACAGAUUUGCAUAUUUAAAAAUAUUCUCAUAUUUAUGUUUUUAUUGGACCAUCUAUUUUAGGAUACAUGAUAACAAGCAAAUUAAUCCAAAAAGAUCAUUAGAAGAUUGCAACUAUUUAAACAUGUAUUAUUUCAAGUAUUGAACCAGGAGUUGGGUUCAUAAAAGUUACAUCUA